AUGGCGCCCACCCUGGGAUCCCGGACGCUGAGCAAAGAUGACAUUAAUUAUAAACUACAUUUUCGAAUGAUAAACGAGCAACAAGUCGAGGAUAUCACCGUAGAGUUUUUCUAUAAACCACAUACCAUCACCCUUUUGACGUUUACUGUGCUCAGCUUGAUGUACUUCGCAUUUACCAGAGAUGAUGCCAACCCAGAUAAUAAUCUGCGAGUAGGACUAGUGUUGGUUGUCUCCUUCUUCCUGGUCAUUAGUGUCCUGGCAUUCCCUAACGGUCCCUUUACAAGGCCACAUCCUGUAAUAUGGAGAAUGGUUUUUGGUCUUAGCGUUCUUUACUUCCUCUUCCUGGUUUUCCUCAUCUUCUUGAACUGGGAUCAAGUGAAGACGCUCAUGUAUUGGCUGGACCCUAACCUGCGGUAUGCCACACGGGAGUCAGAUGUUAUGGAAUAUGCCGUGAACUGUCACGUGAUCACCUGGGAGCGAAUCAUGAGCCACUUUGACAUCUUUGCCUUUGGCCACUUCUGGGGCUGGGCCAUGAAGGCCCUUCUCAUCCGGAGCUACGGCCUCUGCUGGACCAUCAGCAUCACCUGGGAGCUCACGGAGCUGUUCUUCAUGCAUCUGCUGCCUAAUUUCGCUGAGUGCUGGUGGGACCAGGUGAUCCUGGACAUCCUGUUGUGUAAUGGAGGCGGCAUUUGGCUGGGUAUGACUGUCUGCCGCUUCCUGGAGAUGCGAACCUACCGCUGGGCCAGCAUCAAAGACAUCCAUACUACCUCUGGGAAGCUAAAGCGGGCCGUUAUGCAGUUUACUCCAGCCAGCUGGACAUAUGUGCGCUGGUUCGACCCCAAGUCCUCCUUUCAGAGAGUUGCAGGCAUCUACCUCUUCAUGAUCAUAUGGCAGCUCACAGAACUGAACACGUUCUUCCUGAAGCACAUAUUUGUGUUCCAGGCAUCUCACGCCCUAAGCUGGUGUCGCAUCCUGCUCAUCGGCAUCAUCACUGCCCCCACAGUACGCCAGUACUAUGCCUACCUCACAGACACACAGUGCAAACGAGUGGGGACACAGUGCUGGGUGUUUGGAGCCAUAGCCUUUCUGGAAGCACUCGCAUGUAUUAAGUUUGGCCAAGACCUCUUCUCCAAAACACAGGCCCUGUACGUGGUGUGGUGGCUUCUAUGUGUGGCCUUCAUAACGUCUCUGUGCUUGUAUGGAAUGGUGUGGUAUGAGCAGAGCCCUGGAUCUAGUAUGAAGAGCCUAUCGGAAUGUGAAGACAACAGUUUCAAUGAGUCAAGUGGAGGCAUCUUGGAUGAGCUGAAAGGUGAAAGGUGCUCUGGGAGUAGCAGUCAUUCAUCCAGGCGUAGAAGAGGAGGACCUGCAAAGAGUAAAACCGUGAAUGGGACAAAUGGGAAAAACUAACGGCUUAGUGAGGCACUGAAAUGAACUCACAUUCCCUAGAGUGAGUGAAGAAAGGAAUAACGAAAGACGAAAAGUACAAAUACUGUUGAAGAGCUUAAAGGAGGAGCUGUAGAGACACCAGCAUCUUUCAUCUUGGGCCCAGAGGAGGGAUCUCGUGUCAUGUGAGAAGUAGCGCCUCUCCUUAUCCCUCAUGUUAUCGAUAUAUCCUUUGCAAUGGGUUGAGAUGAAGCCACUAAAUAUUUUCAGUGUGGUCUUUGUUGUAGUUCUCUGUGUGAGUGUGUUGGACGGAGGGUAGAUGCAUAGGACUGUUUUGGUGGCUAGUGUUGGCACAGAAAAGCACAUGCCUCAAGGUUUUAUUUAUUUAUUUAUUUAUUUAUUUUUCUUUAUUCCCCCUAUGCUUCUUCAGUUCUGAACAGUCUUAACUUGAGUCAUCCUACAUCAGUGUUGUACGUCAUUCCACCCUUGACCUACUGUAGAGUUCACAGCUAAGUGCAAAUCAAGGUCUUUUUAAACUGAUGAAAAGACCUUCUCUUGUUUUGAUGAAUGCAUUCUUGUAUUUCAUGCACUGCUAGGUAAUUCAAAUGUAUUUAAUUAACCUAUUUUACUGCGGUUUAUGGUUUAUGGCAAGCAUAGUAAUGUUAAUACAUUAGUAUUAAAGGAACACU